AUGCUUCUCCUACUCCUCUCACUAUUUUUCUUCACAAAUACUUGUGCCGGCCAAACAACUAUUUCUGCCGGCCACGCCACCCCCUUUCUCACUCACGACAAUUUGAACGUAAAAAAAUCCAUUUCUCAGGCUACCAAAAUUCAUCCUUUGCCAAAAACCCAGGAGCAAUUUAAGGAUGAAAGCCGCAAUGAGAGUAGUUGGAAGCUCAACCUCCUCCACAGAGAUGAAUUGCCAUUUUCCAAUUUUACUGACUUCGGCGGCAGAUUUCAAUCCCGAAUGAAAAGGGACUCACACAGAGUCGCCGACCUCAUACGGAGAACUAGCGGCCUCGAGUAUGAGGCGGAGGAGUUAGGGGCUGAGGUUGUUUCCGCUUGGAAUCUCGGUAUUAUGGAAUACGUAGUGAGGAUUGGGGUGGGGACUCCGCCCCAAUAUCAGUUUCUGGUGAUUGACACGGGGAGUAAUAUUAUGUGGGUUCAGUGUCAACCCUGUAACAAAUGCUACAGUCAAUAUUACCCCGUGUUCGACCCGACUCGCUCAGCUUCAUUUGCCAUCGUGCCGUGUAGCUCCACCAUCUGCGACCUGAUCCAUUUGGGGUGCAACAGGGAUCGGUGCAUGUACUGGGUCAAAUACAUUGAUGGGUCGUACACCAAUGGGACAAUGGUGUUUGAGACUAUCAUAUUUGGGGGAACUAUGGUCCGGGAUAUGGCUAUCGGGUGUGGCCAAACCAACCAUGGGAGUUUCACCGGAAUCUCCGGGUUGCUGGGUCUCGCCGGGGGAUCCACGUUCAUGGGUCAACUUUUCCCGCAAACAGGAGGAGUUUUCAGCUAUUGCUUGGCGACCUGGGGCACCGACUCCUCCGGCUCACUGGAGUUCGGGCAAAAAGCCAUACCCGUGGGCGCUGUGUGGGUACCCUUGCUCCGAAGCGUACAGGCACCAACUACCUACUAUAUCGGGCUCUCGGGUCUGGGCGUCGGCGGCAUAAAGCUCCCAAUAUCCGAAGACGUCUUCCGUUUAACCGAGCAGGGCUUAGGGGGGGUGAUCAUGGACACCGGAACAACGGUGACAAGACUCCCCAAGGUGGCGUACGUGGCAUUGCGCGACACAUAUAUGAUGCAAACCGCCACCCUUCCUCGGGCACCCGGGGCCUUCGUAUUCGAUACAUGCUACAACCUGUACGGGCUCGGUACGGUUCAGGUACCCACUGUAUCGUUUUUCCUUAUUGGUGGCCCGGUCUGGACCAUUGCAACUAAGAACGUUCUUAUACCAGUUGAUAACAGGGGCACAUUUUGCUUUGCAUUUGCUCCAUCUACAACUGGAAUAUCCAUCAUAGGGAACAUCCAGCAGGAAGGGAUCCAAAUAUCUAUUGAUAGCUCUAACGGGUUUGUGGGUUUUGGUCCCAAUAAUUGUUAGAUUGAUGAA